AUGACAGGACCAACUCUACAUAGCAAUGAAUAUGAGCCAUCGGGGGUCUGGUCUUCCUCGCACGGGUCAUAUCCAGCUAUUAAAUCAUCCACACCCAAGGAUCCUUCGCGCUAUGCAAAUCUUGGAUCCCAUUGGAACGGUUCCUCUCAGAAAACACCGAAAAGCCGCAUCGGGAAGCGGCCUAUUUCAUAUAGAAAGCCAGCCAAGCCCUAUACGCGUCCCACCCACCCUGUCCUAGAGACCCAACAGGAAUCUUCGUUAGUGCAAGAUGAGAUUUCCUCAUUUGAAAAGAGAUUCUCUGCUCUAGAGAAACGGUUGUCCGUUCUAGAAAAUGACUGGACUAAACGAUGGGCCCAGCUACAGAAUUCGACUUCAAUCCUUGGCAAGCAGCAGGAUACAAUAAGUGAUCUGAGACAGAAAAGCCACCAUACGCUUAUAUUGCUCUCCACCAAACAGUCCGAGCUGUUACAUCCGGAUGGUCUAGACUUCUAUCCUACCGAUGAGAAACCUCAGCCACAAGCGCUAGUAAGCCCAGGGCUAGAAGACCAAGGCUCAAUCAAUCCGGAACUUUUGAGCAACGCAUUUGAUAGCGAGAUGUUUGCAGAAGAGUCUGCCGGAGCUGCCUUUGGCAAUCUAAUUAUGUAG